GUCGCUAGUCCGAUCGCGAUGAAUGGAGUGCUCCCGAGUGUGACCUGGGGCACAUGGGACCUGGAAGGACGAGUAAUGGCCACUCGGAGCGGCAACGGAGGAGACGUUAGCUUCGAUCAAGACAGUAAGAAGGACAGAAGACGGCGGGAGAAAGGUGUGCCGCCACUCAAAACCCAAGAGACCGCAUGGUUCAGCGAGCUCCUCCAUGACAGAAUUGAACCAUUGACACUCCUGCACUACCUUCCCAAUCCACUCGCAACAACGAAGGCGUUACCGUCUGUAAUUCCUUGGGACCGACUGCCUCAUGGUAUUCACCCCAAAGACGGCUACUUGCCUCCAAAACGCGUCCAGAACAAGCGCCACCAAGUGGACAACCUUGCUGUAUUCCUUCAGCAUCUCCUUCGCGAUGGUGACCGCGUCGUCGAGUUCUGCGCAGGCUCAGGGUAUGUCGCGCUUCCUCUGGCAUGCCUUUUUCCCAAGUGCCAGUUUGUUCUGUUGGACAUGAAGAAGCCAUCGCUGGACAUUGCGCACGAACGCAUCAAGGCUGCUGGCUUGACCAACGUGACUGUCUUUUGCGGCAAAGUUGAUGAGUACACGGACACCUUUGACGUCGGCAUUGCAUUGCACGCGUGCGGCGAGGCCACGGACAUGGUGCUGGAAAAGUGCCUCGAGUCGACGGCGGCAUAUGUGUUGGCGCCGUGCUGCGUGGGAAAGAUCAAGCAUAGCGCACUGGCGUACCCUCGAUCGAGCAUCUUAACUAACGUCCUGUCGCGGCACGAAUAUGAGAUCGUGGCAAAAGCGGCCGACUUUGGCCACACCGCGUUGACCUUGACGGAGCUUAACGUGGCAAGACGUCGAUGCAAGAGCGUUAUAGAGGCUGAUCGAAACCUGCGGGCGCGAGAGACCAAAGGGUACACGACUGCCAUGUACAUAAUGCACCCAGUGACCGCGACGCCAAAGAACGACAUCUUGGUCGGGUGGCCGUCGUCAUUUCGUCACAUGGAAGCACCAGGCCGAUUCCUCUCAGAUGACGCGAUCAAGGCUGCGUUGUAUGGAUACGUUGGUCUUGUGUCGUUGUAAAAAAUACCCCAACCUACGAG